AACGCCCCGCGUCGGAGCAGGAAAUCAGCGGCUCGCGCACUCGUCCAUGCCAUGCCUGCAACAAGACCUUCUCCAAAGCCGAGCACCUCACCAGGCACCUCCGCAGCCACACCCAGGAAAAGCCGUACGCGUGUGCGACCUGUGGGAGGGUCUACUCUCGAAGGUUGAAAGGUGCGGAGGCCGAAACACCUGUGCUACCACUGACUGCUGCAGCGAUGUGUUACGCCGACACGAGAAGAGCCACCAGAACCCUUCCCCGCAUUCCCGACUGUCGAUGUCGGCAACCCCGUUCCCAUCUACGGCCGACGACUCGAUGAUGCCCACGCCUCCGUCUCCCGUACGACCAAAGCGACAGAGGGUCCUGCCGGUUUCUUCCCUGCUCAUGCCAACGACUUCUCAGCUGGAGGAGACAAUCGAUCCUCCCGAGGCUAUUCCGGCGGGGAUGAGUUUACAUGACACCGUAUUACAGGCGGAUUCCAGCACGUGGUUCUUGGACGCGGACUUUGAUGUGAAUGCCUUGGACUUUUCAAUCUCCUCUGCCAUAUCCGAAUGGGCGCAACUGCCUUCCGCCCCAGGUUUCUGUGAUUCGACUGGCCCAGAAGAGCCCCCGCUGCCUAUACCAACACCGUCGGGGACCAAGGAUGAGGACCCGCCAUCGGCAGACACUGUCAGGAAGAAGUGGUUUACCUGCUUGUCUCCACCAGACCAGACCGGAUCUGUCUACCCAAGCGGUAUCUCCGGGGAUUAUUUCCUCCAAGGGAGGGAUGCUGAUGAUAGCUACAGGGCUGGUCUGUCCCAGAGACUAAAGCCUCGUAUGCAGGAUGAAGCACUGCCCUCGGUUGAACAGCUCAAUCUAUUCGCGAAGCUGUUCUUUAGCCGGUUUCACUCCCUGUUUCCCGUCAUACAUGCCCCAACCUUCCGACCGGUGGCAGAAAAUUCGUUGCUGUUUUUGUCGAUCUGCUCCAUAGGAAGCCUUUUUGUUGGGUCAUCGCAUGCCGUGGCGCAGGGCUUGAGAAUAUUUGAAAGACUAAACAAAGCUGUUCUGGCCUCGUGGGAGAACAUAUUGGCCCACAGUCGGUCCGAUGCACUAUCAAUGGUCCAGACCGCUAUUCUGGGCCAGACAUAUGGCAUGCUAUCCGGACGGCCCAGAGAUUUAAUUCUCGCCGAUGUUCUCCAUGGCGCCGCCCUGGGCUGGACGCGCGAGUCCAACAAGUACUGCGGCCCCAACCAUACCGAACCCAUUAAUCCAGACUUAGAUGGACAUGAACUGGACGAGCAAUGGCACCGUUGGGUUGAAGUGGAGCAAAGAAGGCGGGUCGAGAUCGCGUUGAACAUCCAUGAUGCAGAGCUCGCAAGGCUGAUGCACCAUGAGCCGAUUCGCAAACAUCGAUUCGCCCAGUAUCCUCGGUUAGGAUCCGAGGCCAUGUUUAUGGCACCCACAGCGGCCCGAUGGGCUGACCUCUACCGACAGUCGUUGUAUGGAGGGUCUGAUCUCAAUAUUGAUAUCCAUUUUCACAAAGCCGGACACAACUCUAGAUUUGCUGUCUAUAGUGUCCUGGAAAGUAUUAGCGCAUACGUCAUUGAAGCUCGCCUAUCGGAAGGCUUGGACGAAGGGAGAUCUGAAGAACUGUCAGGUCUGUUAAUGCACUGGUGGAUAGAGUACGGUCCGCAUUUCAAGGAUGAGGAAGACGCAUUUGGCCUUCCGGUUCUGUGGCACUCAAUAUACAUGUCCCUCUACGCGGACAUGGACUUACUCGAGCGGGCAGUUGGUCGCGAUGGCCAUGCAUCUGCUAUCGACUCCCGCGAUGCCGUUCGUACAUGGACCGGCUCAUUGAAUGCCAGCAAGUGCUUGGUUCACGCGCUAUUAAUACAACGCCAUCUGGAGAGGAUGCGGAUCUCUUCGGAGCCUGCGAUCCAUGUCCCUGGUGCUCUGUACUCGGCUGCCCUUGCAUGGCUCUGCUUCACGAGGAUCGGGUCGCAACGAUCGGUCGAUCUCAGGGCGUUUGACGCUCCGGAGAUUCGGCUCCUAGGCAGUGAGGCCGCCCUUCAAGAAGCGCAAGGGCAGGCAUUCGGGGACUCGGUGUUUGCAGACGUCAACCACCUGCAUAGACUGAUUGAUCUGUUGCAUCGCUUUGGGCGCUGGGCUAUCUCGAAAACCUUUGCAACUGUAUUAUGUGCAGCUUUGGAGGAGGCUGGGAAGAAUGAGUAUUAGGACCGCCUUCCAGCACGCAAGGGGCCUGCCGGUAGUAAUAGCUCAUGCAUACUCCGUACUCUUUAACACUCAUCCAGAAUGCGGCCUGGGUCGGUCUC